UUAGGCCACCAGCACAAUCGCCGUUGCCGUUAUCGGCGAUGUCAGGCCCCUUUCCAGUUCAAGCUGGUACACAACCAAGUGGUACGUCUGCAGCAGUCGCACAGACUGUUGCAUCUUCUUCUUCGGGUCCAGCGGUGGGAGCUACACCACCGCAACAACCUGUUCAGCAAUCUGGACAGCCGCAGGGUCAAUGGUAUCCUAAAACCCCAAUGAAACCGCCUCUUCCCUUCUCAAGCGAGAGAAAGGACGAAGAACUCAACACUUGGUUGAGGACGGUCCCGGUUUGGGUGAAGGCAAAGAGAACCUUGCUGGAGGACGAAGUGGUAACUGCAGCAUCUUACCUCGAGGGUAAGGCAGCCAAAUGGUUAGAUGGUGUAGUGAUAAAGACCGGGUACGGGCGACGCAUGGCGGACUGGGCUAAGUCAUUAAGGUUAGACCAGUUCAUGGAAAUGGUAGAAGCUCGAUGGCAUAAUCCACAGGAGGCACAAAGAGCCACAAAUGCGAUUAACAAGCUGGACCAACGAAAGUUCAAGUCGGUCAGAGAGCUUACGACUACCGUUGAAAGCCUGAUCCUCGUCCCAGGCAUCAACUACAGUGACCAGUUCCUGUUAACUACGUUUCUUAGAUGUUUACCAGAGAACAUCAGGAACUUACUGGCCAGCGAGGCACGCACUGAGUACCAUUCGUUUGAGACACUGUCUAGGAAAGCCCUAAAUUUGGAGGCCACGCUAGGCAAUGCUCAACCAACCUCUCAGAUUGACACGAAGAAGAAGAAGAGUCCUCAGGAGUGGAAGAAGAAGGGGGCUAAGUUGAUGAUGGUGGAGUCCGAUGAGACUCAGACUGAGAUCGACGAGCUCACUGACCUGAUGGACUAUACAAAGUUUGACGACAAGGAGGUAGCUGAGGGUAGCACCCUCGCCGCGGUAGUCAAGACUAAGGCAGGUGGCCGAGGGAAGGGCCAACCUAGGAGUCAAGGAAAGGACGCCUCCAAUCAGACCAAGAAGGCUGAAUGGGUGAAGGCAGGCCUUGACCAAGACGUGUGGCGUGACCGCCGAGUGCGUGGCGCUUGUAUCAAUUGCGGGGAAUACGGACACUCGCAAUACAAGUGCCAGAACGCAAAGAAGCUAUUCAUAGUGACCACUGACGCAAGCCAAUACGGCAUUGGCGCAGUGUUGGCUCAGCAGGAUGGGAAAAUGUUGAGACCGAUUGAGUACAUGAGCAAGAAGAUGCCAUCGAAGAAGUUGGCAAAGUCCACCUACGAAAGGGAACUCUAUGCUCUAUACAAAGCACUUGUCCAUUGGAGACACUUCCUAUUGGGAAGGUUCUUCUACUUGAGGACUGAUCAUCAGACCCUCAAAUGGAUCAAGACUCAACCGGCUCUUUCUGACGCACUCAAGCGAUGGAUUGAGGUCAUAGACCAAUAUGACUUCAAGCUUGAGUAUCUGAAGGGAGAGUAUAACAAGGUUGCUGAUGCGUUAUCACGUAGAGCAGACUACCUAGGUGCGCUAGUUUCUGACUUUGGCGUAUCUGAAGAAGUAACUCAAUCAUUGGUGGGAGCCUAUCAGGAAGACCCUGUCACGAUGGACAUCAUUCGCAAACUUCAGGCAAAAGACAAGGCCACAGAAAGUGAGUUUGUGAUGGUGGACGAGCUUCUCUAUCUUGAUAAGGCCGGAGUAAAGAGAUUAGUAGUUCCAUCUAGUGAACCUUUACGUAGUUUGUUUUUAGGAGAAUGCCAUGACGCAACGGGACACUUUGACUACAAAAAGACGAGUGCUAACCUAGUACAGCGAUUUUGGUGGCCAGGAAUGUUUGAUGACGCAAAAAAGUACGUAGAGACCUGUCAGGUCUGUCAGCGGGACAAGCCGCGAACUCAAGCACCGCUUGGGUUGUUGAAGCCUUUGCCUAUUCCUGCUGGUCCAGGACAGAGUGUUUCCAUGGAUUUCAUGGACACUCUGGUGACUAGUAAGAGUGGCAGGAGGCACAUUUUCGUCAUCAUCGAUCGAUUCACCAAGUACGCUAGGCUAGUGGCCAUGCCAGAGACCGCAAGAACUGACUAUGUCAUCAAGUUGUUCAAGGACAACUGGGUGCGUGACUUUGGUUUACCAAAGUCAAUCGUUAGUGACCAAGAUGUCCGAUUCACAAGUGAGUUGUGGAAGAAGACUGCAGAACAGAUGGGCAGUCAACUUCAAAUGACUUCAGGGAAUCAUCCUGAAGCAAACAGACAGGCCGAGCAAAUGAAUAGAGUUGUACAACACUUGCUGAGGCAUUACCUCAAGCCCAGCCAGGAUGACUGUGGUGAGCAGUUGCCUCUCAUCGCCAGCCUGUACAACAAUGCUGUCCACAGCAGUACCGACGUUAGUCCUAACCAGCUACACUUGGGAUGGAAGCCUAGAUCAACACUAGACUUCCUCCUACCUGAAAACCGACCUGCUGCAACUCCAUGCACACUUGAGUAUGGUGUGCAGUAUGAGAAGUUGCUGCAAAAAGUUGUCGAGCACAUGAAGAAAGCUCAGCAAGCAAUGAUUGCUUCUGAGAAUCAACAUCGUAGACAGUCCACGUUUCAGAUAGGGAAACAUGUCUGGGUCAAGGCUAGUGAGUUAGGACAGGAAUUAAUCUCUCGCAAACUAAUGCCUCAGUACUUUGGUCCCUGGGAAGUCCUGGAUAUAGUGGGAGAUGAGAUGGAUGGCCCCACAUAUGUCAUUCGGGUCCCUGGACACCUACGCACUCACCCGGUCUUUCAUGCCUCAAAGCUUGCACCUUUUGCUGAGACAGAUCAAUUCCCUUCCAGGAGAUCGAUGCUGCCCCCAACCAUGGAUGGUGAAGUGGACAUCGAUGACAUUGUGGAUCACAGGGAUAUGCCUGUUCCAAAGCCGCUGGGUCGAGGAAGACCUCCUAAGCCCAAGAGGGAGUAUCGCGUCAGAUUCAGGCAUCAUACGGAUCCAAAAGAAGAUCGGUGGUUUACCAGGGAGGAACUGAUUGAGACAGCUCCUCAGGUGGUGGCAGAAUAUGAGAGGCUACUGGAAGGGAAGGCACCUGCGAAGUAAGCAUCUCAGCGGACUUUCGAAGCUAAGGGGGAUGGAAUGUGAGGAUUGAGCCCUCAAGUAG